AUGACUGGGUCUUUAGAAAAGGAGAUUACGUUGACUUUUCUUCGGAAUUUUAGAGAUUCUCCUGUGCUAUUGAAAGAAUAUGGACCAUAUUUAAGUUAUCACUACAAAGUUGUUGCCAAUGAUGGUGAGCUAAGUUUGAAUGCUGUCCGUAUCUGUGAAGAACUAUUCAACGAUUGGCAAAAUGGAGAUCAUACUAUUGCUAAGGAGGUUGUACAGUGUGCACUUGAUAUGUGGUUUGUUAUGAAAGGUGAGGAGUAUGAUUUGAAAGGUUUUGAAUAUAUUCCAAAUUUAAUUAUCCAAGAAAUAGACGUUGCAAAAGGAAAAAACACAGGCGAAAUUCACAGAAUAGAAUUUCAUCCUUCAACAAAUGAACCUAUUGAUGAACCACUGAACAACUUGAUAUUAGAAGAAGUUGAAGUCCAUGACUUCAUAUAG